AUGGCCUGCUGGGAGCUGGGUAUCCAACUGAAACGGGACUGGCUCCCCGAAGCUGAGAAAUCCAACAUCAAGCUGUUCGUGGUCGGCAUUGGCACUUCUGAAAGUGCCAAGGAGUUUGCAGAGCAGGUGGGCUUUCCAGCAGAGAUGGUCUUCGGUGAUGACGAAGCGGCCACCUACCAAGCCGUCCAGUUCGUGAACUCCGACUUCAGUGAAGAUGGCCGUAAACGCGGCAUGCGGAUGAUGACGGAGAAGACCGCAGAGGCAGUGAAGGGCCGGGCCAACGGACGCCCCGUCAGCUUCUUCGGCCUCUUCGACGUCCCCGGGCUCUACACCAACGAUGAUCUUGAAGCAGCAAAAGAAAUUUACAAGCCUUUAAUGCCCAAGGGAGAUAACUCGCUUGACAAGACGCUGGUGCAAGGUGGCGUUCUUGUUUUUAAUGGGAAGCAGCAGGUCUACAAGCACCGGGACACCAGUGUAGCAGUGCAUGCUGACCUCGCGAAAGUGAUGGCAGCAGCAGUGGCCUAG